UAAAGGAAAUGCAUCGUUUCUUCUCCUUCACACUGCAUAUGCUUACAAAAGCAAACAGAUAACUUUAUUAUUACGAACAUAGAUUUAUAGUGUAUGAUUAGAUCUUGAGUAGAAGAAGUGAAGUGAAUGCGGAAUGGCUAAUCCGAGCUUACCGGCAUCCAAGCGAAAUUCGCGGCAGUGGCGACUGCUGGACGUGUUGUCGGCAGCCUUCUUCGCGGCGGUGUUAGUUUUCUUCUUCUUCGUCUUGACGUGGCUGGGUGACUCCCCUGCGAAGCCGCCGCUCCGCUCCUCCGUGGAUCCUCAACAGCGCAGCCGAGUCGUGGAGCUCGUCCAGUCGGGGCUGCUGUCUUCCCCGAUCCAGGCUUGCCCUGCUAAUUACGCGGACCACAUGCCCUGCGAGGACCCUAGAAUUAACAGCCAGCUUAGUAGAGAGAUGAACUAUUACAGGGAGAGGCAUUGUCCGUUGCCUGAGCAAACUCCGCUCUGCUUGAUUCCACCUCCGGAAGGGUACCGCGUUCCUGUCAAAUGGCCCGAAAGUUUGCACAAAAUAUGGCAUGGGAACAUGCCUUACAAUAAAAUAGCUGACAGGAAAGGGCACCAAGGAUGGAUGAAAAGGGAGGGUCCUUACUUCAUCUUUCCUGGUGGUGGCACUAUGUUCCCAGAUGGAGCCAUACAAUAUAUCAAGAAACUUAAGCAAUAUAUUCCUAUAGGCGAUGGUGUUCUGAGGACUGCUCUUGAUAUGGGAUGUGGGGUUGCCAGUUUUGGUGGUUACCUACUUGCUGAAGACAUGUUGACGUUUUCUUUUGCUCCAAGAGAUUCACAUAAAUCUCAAAUACAAUUUGCCUUGGAACGAGGAGUACCGGCGAUUGUUGCCAUGCUUGGGACUCGCAGACUUCCAUUUCCUGCUUUCGCAUUUGAUUUGGUGCAUUGUUCUCGGUGCUUGAUUCCUUUUUCGGCAUAUAAUGCAACAUACUUCAUUGAAGUUGAUCGAUUACUUCGUCCGGGAGGCUACUUUGUCAUCUCUGGUCCUCCGGUGCAGUGGCCUAAAGAAGAUAAGCAAUGGGCAGAGCUCCAAGCUGUGGCUAAAUCAAUGUGUUAUGAACAGGUUGUUGUGGAAGGAAACACUGCCAUUUGGAAAAAGCCCAAUGGGGAUGCAUGUUUUACAAACCAAAAUGAAUUUGGGAUAGAAUUGUGCGACUCUGAUGACCCGAGCAUUGCCUGGUAUUUCAAGUUGAAAAGAUGUGUCAGCAGGACAUCUUCUGUGAAAGGACAAUAUGCUGUUGGUACAAUACCAAAAUGGCCACAGAGGCUGAUGAAAGCUUCAAGAGCCACUGCAUUAGAAAAUGGAGUGGAUGUCUUUGAAGCUGACAGUAAAAGAUGGGAAAGCACAGUAGCAUACUAUAAGAAAUCGUUAAACUUGAAACUAGGAACUCCAGCUGUACGAAAUGUCAUGGACAUGAAUGCGUUUUUGGGAGGCUUUGCUGCAGCAUUAAUAUCUGAUCCUGUUUGGGUGAUGAAUGUUGUUCCUGCUCAUAGUCCUUUAACUCUCGAUGUCAUUUAUGAUAGAGGACUUAUUGGAGUUUACCAUGAUUGGUGUGAGCCUUUCUCAACUUACCCUCGGACUUAUGAUCUAAUUCAUGUCGCUGCUAUUGAUUCCCUCACGAAAGAUCAUAAUUCUGGCAACAGCAGGUGUAACCUAGUGGAUUUGAUGGUGGAAAUCGAUAGAAUGUUGCGACCAGAAGGAACAGUUGUCAUCCGGGAUUCACCCGAGGUGAUAAAUAGGACAGAACACAUCGCUCAGGCUAUGCGGUGGACCUCAAGCAUUCACGAGAAAGAAUCCGGGACACCUGGGAUGGAGAAAAUCAUGGUAGCAACAAAGAAACUUUGGAAGCUAUCUUCAGCAUCCCUUUAACAUAAUUCUUCCAUUCUUUUUACUGCAGUUUUGCUUCCUCCCUCCUGCUGUUUCCUAUUGCAAAGCCAAGUGUCAACACAUCAUCCUGCUUUUUCUUGUACUUUCUUACAUUAAUUUGUGUAGCAGGCAAGUAGAGUAAUAUAGGAAAUACAGUGCAGGAAUGUACAAAUAUGUCACGAUUCAUAUUUGAGUUUUACUGUUAAAUAUCAUUACAUAAGGAAUGGCAUUACUAUGGUUCCUAUUUCCUAUUCAA